CGUGUAGGUAACGGGAGGAACUCGGUGGACGUAGACAGCAGCUUCCCCGUUGUUUCCCCUCCGUCCAGACGACAACACUCCAUCUCAUACCCUCACCACGGCAAGACCAGGAAGGGCAGUAGGGCCAGCUCGAUCGGCUAUACCGCUUUCUCGCCAAGGCCUUCAAUAUCCCGCCACUCCAGCAUCGCCACCAACCCACCCUUGGACAGAUCUAACGUGAAAGACUACCUCCUCCUGUCCGUGCUGGCCUGUUUCUGCCCCGUGUGGCCCAUAAACAUUGUGGGAUUCGUCUACUCCAUCAUGUCUAAAAACAGCCUGGAGCAGGGGAACCUGGACGGUGCGGUCCGUCUCGGGCGUGUGGCCAAGAUGCUCUCCAUGGUAUCUCUAGUUGGAGGGUCUCUCAUUAUCAUUGCCUGCAUUGUCAACCUGGCCAGUGAGUGUCCAAAAUCGGACCUUUAAAUUCUCACUUCAUUCGUUACCUCUCUCUUUCUGUGUUGUUGUGAAAAGCAAUUACCGUAUUUUCCGGACUAUAAGUCUAUAACACUUUUUUUUUUUUCCCCCCAUCCUUUGGCAUGAUUUGCGACUUAUUCUCAGUCGUGACAUAUAUAUUAAAAUAUAUACUUUCACAUGUUUAUUUUUACACUGACAUCCACUAGAGGGCACUCUAGGCUUGUGUACCAGUAUCUGCUACUCCUGUACCACUGAGAAUGUACAUGUUCGUUAUUUUCACACUGACAGUUGCCAGAGGGCACUGGUGCGACAUAUAUGUAGGAGCGACUUCUAUAUAUUUUAUUCUUCUUUAUUAUGCACUUUUAGCUGGUUCAACUUACAGUCUGGAAAGUAUGGUAUUUCUUUCCAGUUCCUUCCUUUGCUUUUGUUUUGGGAGUGAAUUUUGAAACGUAUUGUUGUAGCGAGGCUAACAAAGAUGCUCCUGGCCUAACAAUAACUCCUGUCAAUAUUAACCUUAACACAGUAUAACAUUUGGCUCUGUUAGCACAAUCUGGCCGUAAUAUCUGAGACCUCUAUGCUAUUUACGCUUGCACUAUAUCAAUCUGAAUCUAAAAUAUAGAACGCACUCCUGCAUGACUCUUUAGACACUGCUGCACUUUAGCUACUGAACUCCGCGGAGCAACGCACUAAUCGCUUUUAACGUAAAAAAAAAUCUACAUUUUAUGGCAUAUUUCUUCAUAUCGCCUCCUGUGGUCUCAGCUGUAACUGACUGCAUGUCGGCUGUGUGUGUGCAUCUGUUCGGAGAACUGUGUAGUCUGCCGUGUGUACAGUCCGUCUUGAUGUGUUUGCUUGUUACGUUGUAAAAAAAAAAAUCUCCCUGUCAUUCUACCACAUGUAUUACUGCGUUAAAUCAAUGUACCUUUAAUAUAUCUGGCUAAUAAAAAGGAUUCUGAUAACAUAUCAGUGAAAAAUACUUCUUAGUCAUUUGUUAUAAGUAUCGGUAAGAUUCUAAAUACUGACAUCUAGUACACUCUUUACAAAGUGGUACUGGCAUGUAAACCUUUUUUUUUUUUUCUCAAUUAGUUUAAAGUUUAGCUUGGCGUUAUUUUGUUUUACACAUAGAAAUGAGGUCAUUUUACAAAACUAAAAGUCAGUUCUGGUUUUGCUGCUGAAGUGUUUUUUUUUUUUUAAUUGCUUAAUCGUUACAUCCGCACAGUUAAAGAGUACUAAGACGUUUCUGUAUUCAUAAUGCACCUACCCAUACAGUAUAUUAUUUAGUGUUAAAACACUACAUUUCCUUGCUAACAAUAACAUUGUCCUCAGCUGUAGUUAGUGCUGACUCUGUUGUGUGCAUGAUUAGCUCCUCUGAGGCUAUCAACACAGAUGCAAACAGGGAUAAAAAAAAACAAACA